AUGUCAGCUCAAUCAGGGAAGAAUUGUUCUGUAUGUUUUGUUUGUCUCGGAAAUAUUUGUCGGUCACCAAUGGCAGAGAUUGUCAUGUUGGCUUUGAUAAAGGAAAAGAAGGCAAAAGUUGAUUUCAUUGUUGAUUCUUGUGGUACGGCUAGUUAUCACGUCGGAGAGGAGCAUGAUGAUAGAACACUUUCCACAUGUAAAAAGUAUUAUCCAUGGUUAAAUACUGAUGAUAUGAGAGCGAGACAAAUUUGCCAGGAUGAUUUUGAAGAUUUUGAUUAUAUUCUAGUAAUGGAUGAAUCAAAUUUGAGAAAUGUUAAUUCAAUUAGAAAGAACAAGUCUGGAAAAGCUAAGGUCCAAUUAUUAGGUUGUUAUGACCCUGAAAAGAAGAAUUCAAUUGUGGAAGAUCCAUAUUAUGGUGGAAUGAGUGGAUUUGAGUCAAUUUUCAAACAAAUUAAGAGAAGUUUGGAAAAUUUCAUUCAAAUAAUUGAGUCAGAGCAAUAA